AUGUUCACAACAGCGAGCCAUGCAUUCGCGGCCAUCGAUCGACGAAAUGCAGCCACGGGUCCGAGAGGCUCAUGGUCCCGCGGCAAGUCGUGUACGUGUGCCGGCGUCACUGCGGCCAUCCCGAAAUCGCAGAAAUGCUGCUGCGGAGCCAAAGGCUCUGCAGGAAUCAAGUCGGAAAACUCGACCCCGCCCGCUCAUCACCGUAACUACUCGAUAACAAAGAAAGGCGCCGAACGACCGGCCCUUAGACUCGACGCAGAGACCUUGGCAAGAAUGCACCCUAGCCUGCUGAAUGUGCACUUGCCCCAGGGUGUUACUGGAAUCGCAAACCCGCAAGCGACGCUCAACGCGAUGAUUCAUCGUGACUUUGUAGCCCGGCUGGGACUGGACCCCGCCGCGAUGACGUCUUAUUCUACGACGGACAUGUUUAACGGACAGUUCAUGGGCUCCCCCGCGCCACAAGCCGUACAGCCCGGCUUCCCUAUGAACGGUGUUGGCAACAUGAGUAUGAAUGGCGUUGCUCACACGAAUGGGAACCUGGACGGGAACCUGGACGGGAAUCUGGACGGAAACCUGGACGGGAGCCUGGAUAGUCUACCCGGACAGGUAGCGCCUUGGGAAACGUACCAAUCGCCCCCGCUGCAACCGGAGCAGUGGGGCCAGACGACAACGACUGGGCUGACGAUGGGUGAUAUCAACCCAGCGCCGCCGGCCGUGCCCAUGCCCAUGCCCAUGCCCAUGGGCAUGACGCACGACUGCACCUGCGGUGACGGCUGCCAGUGCGUGGGAUGCCAAUUGCAUCCCUACAACGCUGCAUCGUAUGCCUACGUCCGCUCAGCGAUGACCCUGCAGAUGCAGGACCCGCACCACGCCUCUUCCUCGACAUCGUCUUCGACGUCCUCCGCCGCCGCCCCCGGCGCACCUGCCCUGCAGAACGGAUUCUCAGGUGUGGUCGUCGAUGACGGCGCCAAGUCCGGCGGUCGACGAAACGGCGUCGCCAACGCUGGCGCAAACGCCGUCGGACGCAUCAGACGACCAGGCGUCUCUGCCGCAGAUGUCCGUGGAGGACUACCUAUUCGUAACGUACGAUCUGAGUGCGGUGGGGUGCGACGGAGGCGAGUGGACGUGCCCGUGCGGGGAGGACUGCGCAUGUCUAGGCUGCCUCCGACACCCGAAGAAGAGCACGACGACGACGACGACGACGACGACGUCAACGUCAACGACGACGUCGUCAACGAGGUGAUGAACCAGGGGGACGCCUCAACGAAAGACGCCCCCCCGCCACCCUACCCUACCCACGUCGCCCACGAUACCGACGAACGAAAGAUUUGA